ACUCCGCUGACGUCCUCUGAGUCUUUCUCAAGGAGAAACACGCUCAUCAACAAACAAGGGCGCCUUGGAUUGACGCUGGUUGCUUUAGUGGAAAUGUGUUUUAAAGUUUUGCUGCCUGCAUCCAGUAUUCAGACUGGCGCGUGCAUUAAAAAUACUCGAUGCAUUCUCUUCCCAUCGUCCAUGUUUCUGGACAUGCAGUCAUAACAACAACCUCAUCACCGAGACUGUGAAGGUGAUGAAGCUGAUGGUGAAAUGGUCAGAUCCGAGAGACUACUUGAGAAUAUAUGCAUGCACUUGAUGUGUGAAGGGCAAGGAGACGCAGACUGCGGGUGGGUAAUGCGGCGUGGUUCAUGCAACUUUGCCCGGGCUGCCGCUCUUUACCAACCGUAUCGGGAGCAGCGGCGGAUGGGGUGACUUACCCGCAGGGGAAGACCCGGACGUGGGCCGCCACAUCCUGAAGCCAUCCCCGGGGUGUCUCCGUGGUGCUGGAGGGACGGGGGAAAGAUGCAGGAGGCGACGGCAGAUGGAGAGGAGCCCAUUCUGAACCGAGCUGAGAGGGAAGAGCAGCAUCCAGUGAAGCAGUCCUUGGCUGUCUCUCUGUGUCGUGAGUCUAACUGGAAGUGUCUUCUCCUCACUCUGCUCAUGUUUGGGUGUUUUGGUACAUUGGUCUGGUGCAAGCUGUGCAAAGUUCCAGUGCUAGCUCCGACAGAGCCAGAGGCUGCCGUUGUGGAGCCUGGAGACCCCUCUACGACCUCAGCAAUCUCCAAUGUCUAUAUCCCCCUAGAAGUGGAUCUGGAUAGUCCCUGUUCCAGCGGCUACAUUUAUAUUCCUCUCGCUUUCUUGGCCAUGCUGUAUGUGGUCUACCUGGUGGAAUGCUGGCACUGCUACUCCAAGACAGCCAUGUUGGCUCAAGCAGAGGUUGCAGAGGUGUAUGAGCGUGUACAGAGGCUGCAGCAAGCAACACCAUGCAUUUGGUGGAAGGCCAUCAGUUAUCACUAUGUGCGACGGACAAGACAGGUAACGCGCUACCGCAACGGCGAUGCCUAUACCACUACGCAAGUGUAUCAUGAGCGUGUAAACACGCAUGCUGCAAGCUCUGAGUUUGACUAUGCGAGGUAUGGCGUCAAAGAUGUUUCAAAGGAGCUUAGAGGCCUAAUGGAUUACCCAGCAAUACAGCUGCGCUUCACCAAAUGCUUUAGUUUCGCCAGUGCACGAGCGGAGGCUGCCUACCUCACCCAGCGUGCACGAUUUUUUGGUGAAAACGAAGGACUAGAUGAUUACAUGGAGGCACGGGAGGGAAUGCAUUUGAAGAAUGUGGACUUCCGUGAGCACAUCCUUGCUUUUCCAGACUCAUCCAGAAAGCCCUGGUAUGCCAGGUGUAAAAUUUUCUGGCUGGCCUCAACCCUGCUCCUGUCCUGGCCAUUUCGGGUUGUUGCAGAGUAUCGUACUGCGUAUGUGCACUACCAUGUAGAGAAAUUGUUUGGUGAGGCUGAUGAUAACAGUAGGGGUGACGUAACUGAAAAUGGUGGAGGCAACGAGAAUGGAAACGGACCUGGAUCUGGGACUGGAUCGAGCUAUCGUGCCAUUUCACGUGUCAAUACGGUAGACAUGACAGAGCUGGAGUGGCACAUUCGCUGCAACCAGCAGAUGGUGCCAAGCUACUCUGAGGCUCUGUUGAUGGAUCCUGGUUCAGGCGGUAACCAAGGUACCAACACUCCUCCAGUUGGGCAAGGCACUAACUCAACAGUGGGCGGCCCAACUCUUCCAGUGGCCUUCGCUUCGGCCUACUUGCUCCAGAAUUGUCCUCGUUGCCACCGCACCACAAGCAGUGCUUCCCUGCCAUCCCGGCUAAGAGGCCCGACUACAGCCCUGCUGAGUGGAACCAUGGGUGGGAUGAGAGCUAGUGGAUCAGGAGUUGGUCCUGGAGGACCGGGUCGGCUCGUUCUGAGCAGGAGUGGGUUCUCAUUAGGACGGCUCCAAGCUCCUCGGCCAUCAUCCCUCUUCCACUCCCGAAGUGUCGGUGGAGGACUUGCGACAAGAGGAGAAGAGGCAAGUGGGGGAGGUGGUUUCUUAGGUUUGGGAACCAGACAAGAUGAAGAGAGCAGAAGAGUGCUGGGGGGAGAGGGUGAUGAGGAUGAGGAGGUGCCAAAUGUGGUGGACAGAGAAGGAGUUGAGAGAGAUGGGGAGGAAAGAGAACAACAGGAGGAUGCAGAAGAUGAUGAAGCCAGGGAGGGAGACGGACCUCCUGGAUAUCAGGAUGCCUUUUUCUUCCCGGUGUUGAUUGUGCAUGGAGAGGAGAGUUGCCAUUCAGGUGAGGACAUUUCCUGAAGACCCCUCAUAAAAAAUUGCAUUGAGGAUGCAAGAAAAAAGAGAAAUGAUUAGAAAAGUCAUGGCCAAAAAGAAUGUGAAGUAAUUUGUCAGUUGAGCUAAUUCAGACAAACUUUGCAGAAUAUACUAUAGGAAAGAACAAGAGAUAUACAUACACUGUGAGUUUUUACAUUGUAAAUUAUGCAUGCAUAUGAAUGAGUAAAAAAAAAAAAAAAAAAAAAAGUUCAAAACCACAACGUGAAUGGUGACCACAGGAAACUGAAAAGAGACACACCAAUUUUUAAUAGAGAUGAAUCAAUAAGUAUUUGGUUGAAGAUUAGAGAAGGAAAAUAUUUCAACUCCAGGUACCUCAUGCUAAUAUUAUAAGUGGCCUGGCACCAAUGUUUUACCAUAAUAUCUAGCAUUUAAAAAAUAAUGCCAACAACUGGCCAAUAAAGUUUUUGAGACAGCAUUUUGGAGAAUGGUCAGUUUGAUCGGUUUAAGAUGGAUGCAUAAAUUGAACAAACAAUGAUUGAUGUUAAUAUAAACUUAUCUAUGCAAUAAAGAAACAGGAAGUGAGUGUUUGUAAAAUGAAGGGGAAUGCGGAAGAAAAGAAGAACAUUGAAUAAACUACACCUCUGGUCAUGGAGCAAAAUGCACCAAAAGGCAUGCUAUUGAAAGACAAGACCAUUGGAAAGUCUUCCAAAAAUAAUGAAGAGAACAGUUCAGUUCAUCAAGAGGAAUGUUAAUCUAUACACAUAGCCAACAAAGAGCUGUGUCCCACAAGUCAAAAAAGUUUUGUUUUUUAGAAAUAAAGGAAAAACAAGAAGAAAAAAAGUGAAGAACCUUAUAAAUUUGCACAAAAUGUUGCGAUUCAACUUCUUGAGACAUUUCACUGUUGACAUGACAUUACAUUUUUUUCUUUAAAAAUUCCCUCACUUUUUAAAUGGAUUUUUGGUAAAACUAAUGGAUACCAUUAAUAUUGCAAGGAUUAUUAUCAUAUUAAGCUGUUUUCUUGCAGCUUUAUUGAGAAUAUUUUCUUUCUGCAAGCUUGCAAGACCCUGUAAUAUGUUUUGGUUCACUUAUAAAAAAAAACUAAGCUGAAACUACAGAACUAAACUAAAUCCUGCUUCUGUGAGGUGCUGUAAUCACUUUGUGUUCACUUUCAAUGUAUUGUUUGUCAGUAAUUGUUUAUUUGUACAGCAUCGUAUCACCAAUUUGCCUCAUGAAGAACUUGACACAGAAGAGCACCACACAGACAAAAAUAAUGGUACAGCAUGUUGCCCUCCAUUGUAGCUGUUUUCAUUCAGCUUUGAUUGGCUGAAGGUUCAUGUGAAUAAAUAGGCCAAUCAUAGAUGAGACUGCUUAAUGUGCCAAGAUACAUUGUGUGACGUCGUAGUAGUGAGUUCACUGCAGCAUACACGUGAAUGUGUUUAAUAAUUGGAAAAUGUGUACAAAUGCACAUUUUCCUGCCUGUGUUAUGCUGUCAAGCUUUAAAUAUAAUCUGCAAAUACACAUUGGAGUCCAAAUAAAUACGCUUCGUCCCACCAUAAGCCUAGAGCAUGCAGAUACGCUCUCAUUUAUCCUUUAGCAGGUCACAUAAAUGUUGCAACUGUACUGCAAAUAAUUUAAAAACACUUUGAUUAAGGAAAAGAACAUGUUUUUGCAAUACUGUCAAAAUGUUCUGUCACAACGUGAAUGUUGAUCUAACAGUGAUGUGGUGUCUAAUUAAAUCACAAUAAGAAUGUAAAGUAUGCCAUCUGUAUUUGACUGUGCAGUGCGUUUUAUCCAUUCACCUGUUGUUGAUAACAAGAUGGUGGAAACCUGGACUCCCAGAAUUCUUGAUUUCCAGAUUCUUGAAUUUCUAGAAACUGUAAUUGUUCAACUGGAUGCACAACUGUCUUCUAGCACUUAGAUGGAUGAUGAGAGUUUUUUUAGAUUUACUUUUAAAUUGCAGAUGGUCCAGGUGGUUUUUGAGAUCAACUGUCUUUAUGUUUGUAAUCUGUGUGUGUGUGUUUUCAAGGAAAUGCAAGUUUGCAUUUUUUCCCCCCAGACAGAUGAAACUUAAGAACCCUUUAAUAUUAAAAGUAGCAUAAAAAUUAAACCAAUACUUUACUUUUUUGACAAUACCAUUUCCAACGUAGCCAAAUUCAUUGAGAUGUACGGUACAUUUAAUUUGGUCAGUUGAAAUAAAUAGCUUAAAAGUUGUCCCUCCCCAAAAUUACUAGAUUGUUAGCAAGCAAAAUAAUGUUGUAAUGCCUCAAACAGGUUUGCCUGAAAUCUUUUUACACUGAUUUUUGCUUGGAGUUAUGAAAGGUUGUUUGAGUGUGUGUUGGAGGGAAAGCUUAAUAUAAGGAUCAUGAUGAUCAUGAUAAACAUAAUACUGAUGGUACAUAAUAAACUGCUAUAUUUGAAAUCUUA